UCUUGAUGGAUCCGAUAACAUGAAACCUAGUGAAAGACUAAUUUUGGAGUUUGUGACAGACUUUGUCAAGAAGUUAGAGAUUGGGCCAAGUAAAGCACAAGUUGCUUUGGUCCAGUACAGCACAGAGCCCACUGCUGACUUUAUCUUGAAUAAAUACUCACUGAAGGAGGACACUUUGAAUCACCUGAGCAAUGUGAAACUGAAAGGAGGUGGCUCAGUAAACACCGGCAGAGCCAUUGAUUUUGUGAGGAAUACGGUCUUCACUGCUUCAUCUGGAAGCCGGCUCCAGCAGGGAGUCCCACAGGUACUGAUUCUUGCAAGUGGGAGAAAGUCUGAGGAUGAUAUGUUACGCCCAGUGGGAAUGUUAAAAAACGCUGGAAUUGUUCCAUUUGCUGUUGGAGUGGACAGUGCAGACAGGUUUGAGAUGGAGCAGUUUGCCCCAGGGGCAUGGUAUUUUCUCAAGGAGGCAUCUGAUUUUCCGCUGGUGAGACAACAGCUGUUGUCAGCCACUGCCUCUCUCAGCGGCUCUGUAAGCCCAGGGAUUGGUUCAAGUUCCACAAUGAAAAGAGAUAUUGUAUUUCUUAUUGAUGGAUCUGAUGAUGUCAGGAACACAUUCAGCGCCAUUCGUGAAUUCAUUGCAAACUUGGUUCAAAGUUUUGAUCUCGACCAUGAACAGGACAAAGUUGCUUUUGUGCAGUAUAGCAACAAUGCUGAAAUCAGUUUCAGUCUCGAUUCCUAUGCCACAAAAGACGAUGUUCUCCAGCACAUUGCAAGCCUUAAGCCAAAAGGUGGCCGACCUCAGUAUAUUGGGGCAGCUCUACAGUUUGUAAAAGACAAAGUUUUUGUCUCAAACGCUGGUGGACGAAAAAAUGAAGGUGCCAAGCAGAUACUUGUUGUAUUGGCCGGGGGAAGGUCCAGAGAUUCACCACGAGGCCCAGCAACAGCACUAAAACGUGGGGGUGUUGUCAUAUUGGCAGUUGGAUCAAGACAGUCGAAUUCAGCUGAAAUGCAGGCCAUUUCAUCUGACACAGACUACACCUACUCUGUCCCUGACUUUGUAAAUCUGCCUCGUAUUCAACAACUUCUGAUGAGGAGUCUUACUGGAAUGAAGAGUCAGGAGACGAGAGAAGGUAAGGGUGAAUGUUUAAAAGUCACAUAUAUUCAUAGUGUUGUGAAAAGUGUUUACACCUUACUGAUUUCCUAUUUUUUGAAAGUUUGUCAAACUUCAGUGUUUCAGAACAUCAAACCAAUUUAAAUAUUAGUCAAAGACAAC